AUGGCGGCCGUGGCGCCUACCCCCGACAACCUCGAGCCCCCGCCGUCCACUCCUCCAAACACGGCAACCCCACCUCAGGCCACCGUCACGUCCACCCCGCCGAACCAGGCAACCCCUAAUCCCCCGGCCUCCAACCCCACGAUGUCAAGCCCUAACCCUAACCCCGCCCUCGCCCCCGCCCCUCCGGUCGUCCUGCCGCCGUUGCCCCCUGUUCCGGUAUCCUUCGCCCCUUCCUUCCGGCCGCUGGGUGCACCGCCCUCGCCGCAGGUGCAGCAGUACGGUGCUAUACGUAAUCCGGGCUACCUGAUGGGACAGCCGAUGCAGCCGCCAGGCGUGCACCACGUGAUGCGUCCGCCGACCAUGUACGCGCCCCAGCCGGGUCCGUACAUGCAGCAGCCGGGCGUCGCCGUUCCUCCCGAUGUUUGUUUGUUUCUCUCUUCAGGUGUGCAUCGUUAUCCUGGACCAUAUACUAUGAUGCGUCCAUGUUUUCCUCCACGCCCAAUGCCUCCUGUUGGUGUUGUGCAAAUUCAACGGCCAGCAACAAUUCCUGGAAUUCGUGGUGCUCCUCCUAUGGUAGCCCCUCCUGCCAGACCGCCUGCUCCAGCUGUCACACCCGCUGACAAACCACCAACUGCAGUUUAUGUCGGGAAGAUCGCCCCAACAGUGGACAAUGGUUUGCUUCUUUCGCUUCUUCGGAUUUGUGGACCUGUCAAGAGUUGGAAGCGCACCCAAAAUCCAAGUAAUGGCAAACCAGUAGCGUUUGGCUUUUGUGAGUUUGAAUCUGCUGAAGGCAUCCUUCGUGCGACACGGUUGCUGAACAAAUUGAGCAUUGAUGGGCAAGAACUGGUGGUUAAUAUUAAUGAUGCCACCAAAGAGUACCUGAAGAAACAUGUUGAAGAAAAGAAGAAGGUACAUGAGAACACCAAAAAGGAGGAAGAUGAAGGUGGGGAUGGGACUUCUGCUGUUGCUGAAAAUGAAUCAUUGAAGCUUGUUUCUGGUAAAACAGAUGAAACAGAAGAUUCCGGAGAUAAGGAUAGUGAAGAAAACACCAAGAAAUUUGGGAUUGUUACAAAUGAGGAUUCUGAGGCUGAUAAGGCUGCUGCAGAACUAAUAAACAGUAUUAUUGAAGAGUGGUUAAAGACUCGACCCCUGCCGCCGCCACCACCACCCCCGCCGGUUCAACCAUCUGCUGACAUCUCAUCCAAACAUAACAACGGGGAGUCUGUUGUUGACAUGGCAAUGACUGAUUCUGAAGAUAAUGAUGAUUGUGUUGACAAAAGGACAGUUAGUGAAACUGAAAAGACAGAAAAUGACUCUCUUGAUAGGAGGAAAGAUAAAGAGCAUGACAAGGAGAAGCAGGAAAAGGAAAAAGAACUUCAAAGAUAUGAGCGUGAGCGUGAGCGAGAAAGAGUCAGGAGGGAUAGAGAUAAGGAACUCAAGCAUAGAGAAGUGGAAAGGAUGUACAAAGAUCACCUUAAAGAGUGGGAAUCCAGGGAGAGAGAUAAAGAAUAUCAAAGACAAUACGAGAAGGACCGUGAGAAGGAAAAAGAACGUGAACGCAAAAGGGAGAUCAUGAAGCAGGAAGAUGAAAGCGAUGAAGAGGAUUCGAGGAAAAGAAGACGAAGGAGCAGUAACGCACUUGAAGAGAGGAAAAGGCGGAGGCAACGCGAAAAACAGGAAGACUUCGCGGACAAAUUAAAAGAGGAACAGGAAAUUGCUGAAGCAAGGAGGCAUGCAAUAGAGCUGCAACAGCAGGCAGAUGAAGCAGCUGCGGCAGAGUCUGCUAUAUUUAUGGAGGUUGAUGGUGAUGACGGGAAGGAAGCAGAUGCACCAAACAAGCCGAUUGUUUCAGAUGAUGAUAAUGUCGUCAGCAUUGCUAAUGGUGUUGAUGCAGAUGAUGGCAAAACUCAUAAGGACUGUAACGGUGAUGAAGCAAGUAUGGUACCUGGUCAAAUUCUAGAUAUCAAACAAAAUAGCAAUGCUCCAGCAAAAAAGUUAGGUUUUGGUUUGAUUGGCUCUGGUAAACGGACAUCUGUUCCAUCAGUUUUUGCUGAAGAGGAUGACGAUGAUAAUAAGGAUAAACGGAUAAGACCUUUAGUACCUAUUGAUUACUCCACUGAGGAAUUGCAAGCUGUGGAGGCGGAUUCUUAUUCUGACCAACCCAAUAAUAUUGUAGCAGCUGCUGAGUUUGCUAAGCGCAUCUUGGUAUCUAAUCAAAAGGAAGAGCAGCCUGAAACCGAAAGGAGUAGGAGAGCCAUUGAUAGAUCGACCCUAAGGGAUAAAAGUCGAAAUGAUGAAGAUGGUGCACGUCUUGGUGAUGACAGAAGAGAAAUGAUGCAUGAUCGAGACAACGAUAAGCCCAAGUUAGAGAACAAGAAAGUUUUGGAUGCAAAACAAUUGAUUGACAUGAUUCCGAGAACAAAGGAAGAGCUUUUUUCCUAUGAUAUUAAUUGGGCAAUAUAUGAGAAGCAUGAGUUGCAUGAUAGAAUGAGGCCUUGGAUCUCGAAAAAGAUAAUCGAAUUUCUUGGUGAGGAGGAAUCGACGUUGGUGGAAUAUAUUGUCUCGUGCACCAAAGAUCAUGUGCAUGCAUCGAAAAUGCUGGAGCUCCUACAGUCAAUUUUGGACGUCGAGGCUGAAAUGUUUGUCCUUAAGAUGUGGAGGAUGCUAAUAUUUGAAAUUAAGAAAGUUGAAGCAGGACUAUCAGUAAGAGGGAAGGCUUGA